AUGGAUAAGGAAAAAGUGAGCGAAGAUGAUGUCGGAAUUAAAGCCAGAAGUGUGCUUUGGUACUUAACAUUCAUUGGAUUUGCUAUGAAUUACAUGAUAAGAAUUAACAUAAAUAUCGCGAUAGUCGACAUGAUUUCACCGGAAUUUAAAAGUAAGGCGGUAACGUCUUCUGAGUGCUUUUCAACGAACAUCACAAUGUCUAAAAAUGAAAGCUUAAUGUUUGACCACAGUGCGAGAUUUGUCUCGUUCGAGAAGCGAAUUCUUGAUUAUUUUGGCGUCGAGUAUGAGCGUGAUGGAUUCAAAUGGGAUGCAAAAACACAAGCUGAAGUUCUAGCUGCCUUCUUUACGCUUCAUUUUGCAACACAGCUGCCAGGUGGAAUAUUGGCGCAAAAAUUUGGAACGAAGCUCAUUUUUGGUUUCUCAAACUUUUUUGGUUGUAUAACAUGCAUGCUGGUACCAAUAGCAGCUUAUUAUAGUUUUUAUGCACUAUUCUGGUUGAGACUAGUUCAAGGUUUUGUUGCUGGUGCUGCAUGGCCAGCAAUGAGUCACUUAGUCGGCAGAUGGAUUCCACCGAAUGAAAGGAGUAAGUUCGUGACAGCUUACAUCGGCUCAUCAAUCGGAGUUUCCAUUUGUUACCCAAUUUUCGGAUUUAUAAUUCAAAACUCAUCGUGGGAAAAUGUCUUUCAUUUCUGUGGCAUUGUCGGAACAAUCUGGUACGUUCUAUGGCAAUACUUUGUCUACGACAGUCCAGAAAGUCAUCCCAGAAUCCACGAAAAAGAAAAACUUUACAUUUUACAAUCACUUGGAUCAUCUGUCGUACGAGGUGAGAAGCCAAAAUAUAGAACUCCAUGGAAAGCGAUACUCACAUCAAUUCCAAUGUGGAUGAAUAUUGUUGCUCAGUGGGGAGGCGUUUGGGGUCUUUUCACACUAAUUGCACAAGCACCGACUUACUUCCGUUUCGUUCAUGGCUGGGGAAUUGAGAUGACAGGAGUCCUAUCAGGCUUUCCACAUCUCUUGCGUGUCAUAUUUUCACUCAUCGUAUCAACAUUCUCUGAUUAUCUUUUGUCAACAAAUAAAAUGUCGAGAACAAAUGUGAGAAAAAUGGCAUCAUUUAUAUGCUUAAUAUUGAAUGGAUUUUUCGUAAUUGGGUUAGCCUUUUCAGGCUGUGAUGUUUUUAUAGCCGUACUCCUACUAACAAUAUCAUUGAUGCUGCACGGAUCUGUAAGUAGUGGUGCACUAGCAUCUGUCGUUGACAUUUCACCAAACUUUGCUGGUGUCUCGCUCGGAAUCAACUCAACAUUCAGUACAUUUUCGGGUUUCAUAUCACCAAUGAUUGUCGGUUAUUUGACAAGUGGUCGACAACAUAAUGUUGAGCCAUGGAAAUAUGUCUUCCUGAUUUGUGCAACGAUGCAAAUUACAUGCGGAAUAAUUUAUAUAUUAUUUAGUGACUCGACAUUACAGCCAUGGAAUAAGCCAAUUGAGGAGGAGCAAAAAGCUGAGAAUGUAAUGGAAAUAAAGACUAAAAAGUUGGAUAAGAAUUUUAAUGAGAAAUUCAACCGACAUGAUGAGGAACGACUUACAAGAUAA